UCUGGGACUCAAAGGGUGGGCUUCGGAGGGCGGCGGGUAAGCAUUCUGUGUCGUGCGGCCUCUUUCUGCUUCCAUCCUGAGCAAACCCCGGCCCGGUCGGCCCCGGGGUCGCCAUGGAGUCGACGCUGGGCGCGGGCAUCGCAGUGGCAGAGGCGCUGCAGAACCGUCUGCCGUGGCUAGAGAACCUAUGGCUCUGGGUCACCUUUCUGGGUGAUCCCAAGUGCCUCUUCCUGUUCUUGUUCCCCGCGGCCUACUAUGCCUCUCGCCGCGUGGGCAUCGCGGUUCUCUGGAUCAGCCUCAUCACCGAGUGGCUCAACCUCGUCUUCAAGUGGCUCCUGUUUGGAGACAGGCCCUUCUGGUGGAUCCAUGAAUCUGGGUAUUAUAGCCAGGCCCCAGCCCAAGUUCACCAGUUCCCCUCUUCUUGUGAAACUGGUCCAGGCAGCCCUUCUGGACACUGCAUGAUCACAGGAGCAGCCCUCUGGCCCGUAAUGAUGGCCAUCUCCUCCCACAUGGCCACUCGGACCCGCAGGUGCUGUGCUGGGCUGGGUCAUGGCCCCCCGGGUACCCAUGGAGAAGUAGCUAAGCUUCUAACGGCUGACUGCACUGGCCCUCUUGCUGGGUGCCAGCCUCAUCUACUGGACCCUUUUAUUUACGCUGGGCCUGGGAGUCUUUCUUGGUAAGUCCUGGACAGGCUGGGGCCUCUCCUCCCUCACCCAGAACCCAGCCUAAUGGGUUCCUGUUCACUGUAGCUGAAAACAUGACACAUCGCUUAUUCACAAAGAUAAGACCCUCCAGGGUCCACAGCAGAAUGUGGAAGUGGGCCCUAAAGGGCAGAUGGCCAAGAGCCAAGGGUAUUCUAGUUCCAGGGGAACAUCUCUCCUAGCAAGGAUUCUUCCUCACCACAGGUCCAUCAGCGCUAGCCUCCAAGUGGGUGUGAGCGCCUGAG